CACAUUUUCACUUACACUUUUGUAGGAAUCCAUGAUUCCAUUUCUUUAAUUCCUUGAUGUUAAAUUCCUAUUUAAGGACACCAAAACGAAUGAACAAAGCAAAGAUUAAAUUUUCUACAAAACUACAAAACUUGUUCUUUUUAAGUUUAACUGAGACCGCAUUAGGUUUCCAUGCAACUGAAAACAUACAUUUACAUAGAUCAACCAUGAAGCUUCUUGGACUCUGCUUAGUUCUUCUAUUAGCGGUGGUGACUUGCAAAGCUGAAGAGAUUACGUGCGAAGAGACCAAGCCAUUCACAUGUAACCAAACUGAUCGUUUCAACAGAAAACAUUUCGAUGAUGACUUCAUCUUCGGUGUUGCAUCCUCUGCGUACCAGAUCGAAGGUGCUAAAGGUCGUGGACUUAACGUUUGGGAUGGCUUCACUCACCGAUAUCCAAAAGGAGGACCCGAUCUAGGGAAUGGAGACAACACUUGUGGAUCAUAUGAGCACUGGCAGAAAGAUAUAGACGUAAUGACCGAACUCGGUGUUGACGGCUAUAGAUUCUCGCUUGCGUGGUCAAGAAUCAUUCCGAGAGGAAAGGUGAAGAGGGGAAUCAACGAAGCAGGGGUUAAGUACUAUAACGAGCUCAUAGAUGGCCUCCUAGAGAAGAAUAUAACUCCUUUCGUUACCCUCUUCCAUUGGGACCUUCCUCAAGUUCUACAAGAUGAGUAUGAAGGUUUUUUGCACCGCGAUAUCAUAGAUGAUUUCAGAGAUUACGCGGAUCUAUGUUUUGAUAGAUUUGGUGAGGUUAAGAACUGGAUCACGAUCAAGCAGCUCUACACAGUGCCUACAAGAGGUUAUGCAAUGGGAACAGGUGCACCCGGUCGAUGUUCUUAUUGGCUUAAUAAAGAUCGUUACGCCGGAGAUUCUGGAAGAGAACCUUAUAUCGUUGCCCAUAACCAGCUUCUUGCUCAUGCCGAAGUCGUCGAUCUUUACCGGAAAAAAUAUAAGCCAAAACAAGGAGGACAGAUUGGAGUUGUGAUGAUAACUAGAUGGUUUAUUCCAUAUGAUAGCACUGAAGCCAACAAAAAGGCAACUGAGAGGAACAAAGAGUUCUUCUUGGGAUGGUUUAUGGAGCCGCUAACAAAAGGUAAAUACCCUGAUAUCAUGAGAAAACUUGUGGGUCGACGGCUUCUAAACUUCAGUGAAAGAGAAGCCAAACUUGUGAAGGGUUCAUAUGAUUUUCUUGGUAUCAACUAUUACCAAACUCAGUACGUCUAUGCCAUUCCUGCAAAUCCUCCGAAUAGACUCACCGUCAUGAAUGACUCACUUUCAGCAUACUCAUAUGAAAAUAAAGAUGGUCCCAUAGGUCCAUGGUUCAAUGGAGAUAGUUAUUACCAUCCAAGAGGAAUAAACGUGUUGGAGCACUUCGAAACUAAGUACGGAAACCCUUUAGUCUAUAUCACCGAGAACGGAUAUAAUAGCCCCGGUGGUAACACAACUGCCCAUGAGGUUAUAGCUGAUUCCAACCGGACUGAUUAUAUAUGCAGUCAUCUCUGUUUUCUCCGUAAGGCAAUCAAGGAGUCUGGUUGCAACGUGAAAGGAUACUUUGCUUGGUCUCUUGGAGAUAAUUAUGAAUUCGGCAAAGGCUUUACCGUGAGAUACGGACUCAGUUACGUUGAUUUCACUAAUAUCACUGCUGAUAGAGUCCUCAAAACUUCUGGAAAAUGGUACAAGCAGUUCUUAAACGGUACAACCAAGAUCCCUGAUGAGAACCAAAAUUUCCUCCGCUCAAGGCUCUUCUUCGAGAACCGUGAUCAAAAGAAAGUCGCAGAUACAUAAGACAAAAAACGAGUUUAUGGUCAUCAAGAUCAUUUUCAUUUCUCCUCUUUCUACUUGCUCCAUAGAAAGGAGCGUUGCCUUCAUUCAAAGCAUAAUUCAUCUAGUUACUGAUUUGAGUUAUAUAUUCGUGCUUAUUGUUCGUUUGGACUUUUUGUAAAAGGCUUUGUUAUGAUAUAAGAAAAGGGAGGAAAUGUCAUUUUAA